AUGGCCACACGAGUGCGGUGGCUGUUACUAAGAUUGAGGCUCUUCACACCGAUCUCGUACGGCCUUCAGCAGUCAGGGGAGCGUGAGACUGACGCCUAUUUUGGCGACAGAGGUAUUGUGAACACCAGGGAGGAGGGGGAACACGCGUAUGCGGACGUGCAGACCACACAUAUGAAGACGGUGAGGGCGACGACUUCUACUCCGGCGCGGCAUCUUCUGUCGCGCCCUUCAACGCAGGACAAGAUUGCAGCAUAUAUUGCAGCUGCAAAGAAGAUGAUGGUUGCCUGUCGUGCGGAAAAGACGAAGGUCAACCCCGAGAAGAAGCCAGCGAAAAAGAUAAGCCAAGCAAAGAAGAAGAUGUCGAAACCCACGCUCACGUCCAGAGCAAUAGAGUCCAAGGAGGCCUGUGAACUCCUAUUUGAGCUGUGGAUAUGUCCAUGGGCAUUGGCGCUGGAUUAG